CUCGCAUCUUAUCUAUCUUAUCUCGCCCCUCUCCCUCUGACGCGACGCGCAUUCGUUCGCACAUCUAUCUACUUGCCGUUGUCUCCCUGGCCCCCCUGGGCCGCCUUAGUUGCGUCGUCCCUCUCCUUGAUCAUCUCAACCAUAGUCUGCAGCCUCAGCCCCCCCACAGCGCCCCACCCCUCCUGGCCCUUGGGGAUGUCGGGCCGGAACCUCUCGUACAGCCGAUACGAUAGGGGGCCGGCAGACAGCUCUCCUUGUGGGUAGGCGUUGGCCAGGCGGGCCAUGAGUGCGUAGACGUCGCCGAUGUGAGUGCCGAAUUUCUCCCCCAGUGAGUUGUAUGUGCUCUCGGGGGCGAUGGGGAUGCCCUUGUUGUUGAGACCGCGGAGACCUUGAGGGGUCUUCUGCACCGGCAUGACCUUGCCCAUCAGCUCCAUCACGCUUGAGUAGUUCUCGGGGGCCUGGCGCGACGGCUGCUUCUGGUAGAUGCCCAGAGACUCACCCUGACCACGCAAGCACAGCACGACACACACAAAGAAACUGAUGCGGCGAGUCGAGUCGGUAAGUGGGCAUCGGUUCGGGAGUGGUCACAAAACUCCCUCCCUACCUUUGCUCGUGCGUACACAGCAGCGAUGGCAUUGCCCAGCGACAGCGCCUCCUCCCAGCUGUAGCCAAUCCUCUCAGCCACAACACCUGACCAACACACACACACACACACACGCCCCCCCACAUACCUCCCUCCCAAUCCGUCCAUCCAUCCAUCCAUCCAGUGGUUCUCUGCACUCACUUGCCCAGAGCACCAUCACAGGGGACCUAUUGACGCUGAUGACGACGUCCGUCACGUCCUUCCCUGAGGGAGGGGGAGGUCGCAGCGACGACCGGCCGCCGCUGGAAUUCUCUGCUGCCGCUGCCUUCUUGGCGGCCUGGCCUGUGUGCUCGACUGGCCCGGCUGCCUUGCGUUUCUUGUCGGCGGGUUUGGCCUCGCUGCUGGCUGCUGCUGCUGGCGGCUUGAAGGGACGGCCGUCCUUGUACUUCUUGAUGUGCAGAGCUAGCUCGGUCUCCACACUGAACGAACACACGAGUCGGACGCACACACGCAAAUGCAAGACAACGACAGGACAAUCCGGUGUGCCUGAUGGCAUGGCAGGGACGUGUGGUUCGGUCAGUGCAGACAGACACGUGUGCAGGCCCUGUCAGUCCUGCCUAGCCUACUUGGAUGGCAGGUUGCAGUCCGCCAGUUCCCCAAUCUUCAUGUACUUGACGUCAUCCACCGUCUUGAAGCCCUUCUUCUGCAGACUUGCCGCCGCCUUCUUGGCUGCGGCGGCAGACACGCCUGCAGGCAGUGAAUGAAAUGACACACCGCAGCAGCGAAUACACACACACAACGAGCGGAGCGGAGCAGCGCAGACGAAGCACAGACGAGAUCCGUGGCCGACCUCUGACCUGCUUCCACAAUGAACGCCGUCACGUCAUCCAUUUCGACCACAUCCACUCUCCAACCGGUCCUGUUCUG